GAUUGCAGCAUUAUAUGCUGGCAGUAAACUCUGUUAAAUCCAAUAAGUGCAAUACCAGACACCCCAUCUCCCCUUCCAUUUCCCCCUCCCCACAAUCCCAACCACUUCUUAAACUCCAUGAUUUAUCCAAAUCCAGACAAGGAUUCUUUGCAGCUGAGAAGACUGUCAUGUAGACAACAUGGGAUCCAGAAUCAAAGAAAGCCCGGAAAGGACAUUUGAGUUGUUUAUUGAGGCCUCCUGUCCAAAAUCAUUCGAUGUUGACCCUAAUGUGCUGAGCCAGUUUCCAGAAGAUUACAAUGACCAGGAAUCUCUACAGAGCCUGCCCAAAUUCUGCUUUCCUUUUGAUGUGGAACGGGUAUGGGAGAGCUCAGUCGUCCAGCAGUUCACCUUCGUGCUGACAGAUCUAGAUGGAAACCAGCGGUUUGGCUUCUGCCGACUGACUGGGGGGUCAAAGACGUGCAUCUGCAUCCUCAGUUUCUUGCCCUGGUUUGAAGUUUUCUAUAAGCUCCUAAACAACAUUGCUGACUGCCUGGCAAAAGGACAGGAUAAUGAAGUUAAAGAGCUCUUAAGAAUGCUUUAUAUUCACCCACCUCCCCAACCAGACUCUCCACUCAAACUUGAACUUGCCCAGCAGCUGGGAGUUACAACAGGACGGUUUCUGAAAGAUCAGAAGAGGGAUCCUAGUAGUGGUAUGCCAUCGCUUUCUUAUUUUAUUGCCCCUGACAUCAACAGCUUGCCUACAAUACCAGAGAGUAGGAACCUGACAGAAUAUGUGGUUGCUGUGGAUGUGAACAACAUGCUGCAUCUCUAUGCCAGUAUGCUACAUGAGAGACGCAUUAUUAUCACCUGCAGCAAGCUCAGCACAUUAACUGCUUGUGUACAUGGCUCAACUGCAAUGCUGUAUCCUAUGUACUGGCAACACAUCUACAUCCCCGUGCUCCCUCCACACCUCCUUGAUUACUGCUGUGCUCCAAUGCCUUACCUCAUAGGGAUCCACUCGAGCUUGAUGGAGAAGGUGAGAAGCAGAGCUCUAGAGGAUGUGGUUAUAUUAAAUGUUGACUCAAACACACUGGAGUCGCCAUUCAAUGAUCUGGAAAAGAUGCCACCAGAUGUGGUGUCCAUUCUGAAAGUGAAGUUGAAGAAGCAAUCCGCAGUCACUGGGGAUGUGGUGGCACGGGCCUUUCUCAGGGCACAGGCAGCAAUCUUCGGAAGCUACCAAGAUGCUCUUAAAUUUAACUCUGAUGAACCAGUCACAUUUUGUGAGGAGACGUUUUUGAAUCACAAACCUGCCUUGAAGGAUUUCCUGCAACAUGCGGUACAUCUUCAGCUGUUCAAACAGUUUAUAGACAAUCGACUGGAAAAGCUUAACCAAGGGAAGGAAUUGACAGACAUAUUCGAAGAGGAAGUCAAUCUAGGCGGCUUUUCGUCAGGCUGCGCCAAAUUGUGGAUUGAAAACUUUAAGAAAGGUGGUGGAGCUCUGAUUCACACAGUGAGGUCCAAGACCAAUCCAGCCAUGAAGAACAUGUAUAAAUAUGCAAAAGGUCAAGCUAAACUGGGGCUGAAGGAUUUGAAAAGUCGACUGAAACACAGGGAGUUGGGUACUGAGCGAGGGGUACAUCGCGGUGGCUCACUGAGGUGUGAGCCUGUAGGAGGCUCCUCCCAUCAAAGACGUAUGCAGUCGGAGUGUUUACAGAAUCGCCUACCCAUCACCCAGCACUUUGGCCAGUCUCGUCCUCGCCGACCAGCUCGGCGCUAUACCAACUCCGAGACUGCGCUUCCUACUGGGACAGACAGAUCCAAGAGUGAAGACCUCAGACUGGAGAGCUCACUGGACACGAUUGAAGACGAGCUUCUGGACUGUAACCUUCUGCAGGAUGAGGAUAUGGACCUGCUUGGGGAGAUCUUUGACACACUGAGCACACGGACAGCACAUGACAAAGGUCUUCUGUACGGCACUCGCAGCCUUGAUUUCUACAACUUGGAUUCUAUGGAAGAUAUCCAUAGGGUUAAAGACAUCAAUCCCAGUGAGGAAAACCUGAACUACAAGAGUCGGAGGGAGUCUGAACCAGUUCAACCUGGCAAUUGGGGUUUUGACGGUUCUGCAGAGUGUGUGAAGUCCCUCUCAGCUUCUCUGGAUGAAUUGUCAGGUUUAUCAUCUGUAUGCAACAGUCAGCCAGACCUUGGAGAUUCUGGUCAUCUCUCCAGCAGCAGUCAUGAAGAAAACAUACCAGCUCCUGAAACAGGGACAUUGAAGUGCAACUCUCUGACUAACAACACAACAGACCCUGGAUCAAUGGAGGAAUCUUCAUCCAACUCCCUGUCUGGCAAAGCCAAUGAUAAAUGUACAGGGAUUCAUUGGGAUAAAGGAUCUUCACUGGCCGAGUCCAACGAAACAUUGGCUGAAAAUGGAAAUUCUCAGCUGGAGGUGAGCGAGACAAGAGGUGAAGUGCAAACUGAGACUGGAGACCUCGGUGAAUUGGAACUGUCUAAAGCUGAAUCUAAGCAGCAAUAUGGACAAGAAGCUUCAGUGGAUCGUGUUGAGAACGCAGUUAUGUUCAGAGAGAUUAAGCCUGACCAGACCAAUAACACUGAAAAAUUUCCACCACCGACUGCUCCUAAAACAUCAACCAUGAGGUGGAGAGCAAUGCUGAGUGCCCAGGGCAGUAAAGGACUGGACAGCAGUGAUAUAAAGGGGGAGUGUUCCAGUGGCCAGGAAAUGGGAUCCAUGGAGCCACCUUCCCACCCAGAGUUCCCUCUGCCUGCUCCUGCAGACAUGACCACUGGUGGGGAGGAAACAGCUCCCCACAUACAGUCUGCCCUCUUUUAUUUCAAGCCUCAGUCGGGGGAACAAAAGGCUGAUGGCAUGAAAGGAAAGGUGCACCAGUCAGCACCCUCAGCAGGGGGGUCCCCUGGUAGAUGUGGCAAAACUGAGUGUAAGGAGGACUUGAAUCCACGAAAGGUGCUCUCUGAGCUCACCACCUCAACUAAUGGGAAGACAGGCAAAAGUACGCCGUCUCCAGACAGAGAAGAACAGAGACCUGAACCCGCAACAUCUAGUGAUAAAGAUUCUGACAUUACACCACCCAGAAAAGUUUCAGAGCUAAAAAAGAGAUUUGAAUCCUAGCAAACAAAAGAAUUUAUACUUGACUUUUUCCAUAGUUGGGGCAUGUGUCUUUCUAACCACGUGAUGGCUAUGUUGGUAUAAUGUCUUUGCUUUGUGGCUGCCUUACAUAUUACACAUCUGCACACUAGUUUCCAGGUCAGUUACCAUGGUUUUUCUAUAUAACUUAAAAAAAAUUGGGUUGAAACAUCUAAAAAAUGUCAGUUGUAAACUGAAGAGUGACUUUUAACUUUUCCACUCAGUAACUUUUUUCAGAAGUGGCUUCCUGGACAACAAUUCAAGCUCCAGAAAUGACUAAUGGAGUGGAGUGGGGAGAUAGGGCCUGGUACUUGGAGAUUAAGCCAAUAUUUUUCAGAAUUCUAUAUAUUUAAAGGUGCAACAUGCAGCAUAGCAGCUGCAAACAUGUCCUCGCACAAUUGGAACAAAAACAGUUGCUGGAGAAGCUCAGCAGGUCUGGCAGCAAAGGUGAAGGAGAAGACCGUUUUAGCUCUGGUGACCCUUCCUCGCACAAUGGGCUUCAUGACAGUACAGGAAAUAUGUUAUUAAUUGUGUGAAAUAAUGUAAAUCUGUGAUAACACAGUUCCGUAUCCUGAAAAUUUGCUUUAAAUGCAGGGGACACCUAAAAAAUAGAUCUUUGACUUAAAUUUUCAUUUUGCAAAUCAUAAUUAGGUGAAAAAUUGAAAUUUCAGACCAUAAGAUGUAGGAGCAGAAGUAGGCAUUCAGCCAAUCAAUGAGAUCACAGUUGCAUCUGAUAAUCCUUAACUCCACUUUCUGGCUUAUCACCAUAACUGAUCCUAACUGAUUAAAAACAGUUUAUUUCAUCUUUGAAUAUGGUUAAUUACCCAGAUAAAGAAUUCCAUAGAUUCACUACCCACUGAGAAGAAAUUCCUCCUCAUUCCUGUCUGAAAUACUUACUGAGAUGAUGACCUCUGCUCUACACUCUCCUACAAGAGGAAAUAGCUUCUCAGCAUCUACUCUGUCCUACACUGUCAAGUCCCCUGAAAUUGUAUACAUUUCAAAAAGGUCUCCUGUCAUUCUACUAAAUUCCAAUGAGUGCAACCCAACCUAUUUAACCUCCCUUCAUAUGAAAUUCCCUCCAUAUCCUGGAUCAACCUAAUGAACUUUCUGUGGACUGCCUCCAAUGCCGGCAAAUCUUUUGUUAUGAAAGGGAGCCAAAAAUUAUCACAGUAUUCCUAUGUUCUGAUUUGUACCACAUUUAGUUUUUGCAAGACCUCCCAAUUUUUAUCCUCUAAUCCUUUUGAAAUAAAGGCCAACAUUCAAUUUGCUUUUUUUUUCAUACCUACUGAAUUAAGAUGCUUACAUUUUGUGAUUCAUUCACAAGGAUCCCCAAACCCCUCUGUCCCAAAGCUUUUUGAAGUUUUUCUCAAUUUAAAUAAUAUUCAUCACCUCCCUGUUAAUGUACAUAGUCUCACAUUUUAUUCCAUCUGCCAAGUUUUUGCCCACAUUUAACUCAUCCAUAUCCCUCUGCAGAAUCUGUGUCAUCCUCAACACUUGCUUUCCCACUUAUUUUUGCACCAUCUGAAAACUUAACAACAGCACAUUCGCUUCACUCAUGCAAGUCAUUAAUACACAUUAGCGAUAAUUGUGGUCCCAGCACUAAUCCCCGUGGCACUUCAUUCAUUACUAGUCAUCAUCCUGAAAAUGCCUUCCUUUAUCCCAACUCUCUAUUUUCUAUUAGUUAGUCAGUCCUCUAUCCAUGCUAGCUUCCCAUCACUGUGGGUUGUCACCUUAUUAAGUAGCCUAAUAUGUGGUACCUUAUCAAAUAAUAUCUUUUGGAAAUCCAAAUAUAUAUACUGGUUCCCCUUUGUGUCUCCAACUUGUUACCACCUUAAAGCAUUCUGAUAAGUUUGACAGGCAUUAUUUUUCCUUCAUUAAGCUAAGCUGACUCUGCAUGAUUAUAUAUUGUAUUUCUAAAUGCACUACUGUUACAUCUCUUACCUUAUUGCAGACUCUUAACAUUUUUCCAAUGAUGGAUGCUAGGCUAACUAGCCUACAGUAUGUCUUUUGUUGCCCCCCCACCCCACUUUUUUGGAUAAGGGUAUUUGGCAGUUUUCCAGACAUCUGGGACAUUUCCAGAAUCUAUGUACUCUUGGAAAUUUAUUACCAGUGCAUCCACUACCCGUGUUGCUGCUUUGUUUACUAUCCGAGGAAGCUUCCCAUCACAUUCAGAGAAUAUUUCAGCUUUUAGCCCCAGUAAAUUUUUCACGAGUGAGUUUAUUUUCACACCCCCUCCCACCAAUACACACACAAACACACAUUCACAUAUUCUGUCAACAUUGAUUAUUUACACUUUUGGAAUGCUGUUAGGGUCCUCUGUCGUGAAGACUGAUGCAAAGUAUUUAUUCAACUCAACUGCCAUCCCUCAGUUCCCAAACAUUAUUGUCCUAGCCUCAUUCUCUAAGGGGACUAUGUUUACUUUGGCCUCCCCCUUCCUUUUCAUAUGUCUAAAAAGCUCCUAGUGUCUGUUUUUACAUUACCUGCUAGUUUGUCCCAAAGUUAAUGUUUUACUCUCUCUUAGUCACCUUUUGUUGGCUUUUAAAACUUUUUCCAAUCCUCUGACUUACUAUCAUUUUUUGCCAUGUUGUAACUUUUGUUUUUCAAGCAAUGCUAUCCUUAAUUUUGCUGCUUAACCACAGUUGGUUUAUCCCAUACCUAGAAUCCUUCUUCUGCACUGGGAACCAUUUUCUUAAAUGUUCCUCAACUGUCUUUCCUGUGAAACACUUUUACUAAUCAAACCCUGCCAACUGUGCCCUCAUCCCUGCAUAACUGCCCUUACUUAUGUUUAACACUGUCAUUUCUGACACAAAUUUCUCACAUUCAAACAGAAUGAUAAAUUCCAUCCUGUUACGGCUACUGUUCCAUAGGGGGUCUUUUACUCUGAGAUCAUUUAUUAAACAUGAAUCUUUACACAUGACCAGAUCCAAAACUGAUUCCCAGUAGAAUCCAUAACAUAUUAUUCUAGGAUCUGCCCCAAAUUCUUAGUAACACAAUCCAGUUUCUCUUUUUGGGCCCCAACAUCCACAUUACAUUUUGAUUGGAAGAAUGAGAAGAGGACUUAAUGGAACAAUUUUAAAGGACAUGGAAACAGACUUGAUCAGAUUCAUUUUCUGAAGAGGGGUCCUGACCCGAAACAUCAACUUUCCUGCUUCUCUGCUGCUGCCUGGCCUGCUGUGUUCCUCCAGCUUCUCUAGUUCCACACUGUUAUCUUAGACUCCAGCAUCUGCAGUUCUUACUAUCUCUGACAUUCAUACACAACUUUGUUUGUGGCAGGACAGAUUAAGAAAGCUGUUUAAAACCUAUCCAAGAUCUUUAGCUUUCAUAACUACAAGAGCAGAGAAGCCAGGACUGAUGUUUUACCUUUAUAAAACACUGUUUGGGCCUCAGUGGAAUAUAGUGUUACAUUCCAGAGCUCAUCCUCUAGGAUGUUUACUAGAAUAGGAGCAGAAAUAUGGGGACUCAGAGUCAGGGUGAUACAGUAUAGAGCAGUCCCUUCAGCCCAACUCAUCUGCAUUGACCAAAUAUCCUAAACUGAUCUAGUCCCAUUUGCCAACAUUUUGGCCUGUAUUCACGUACCGUUCAGAUGCCUUUUAAACAUAUAAUUGUACUCCGCCACCUCCUCUAGCAGCUCAUUCCAUACAUGUACCGCUCUCUGUGUGAAAACAUUCCCUUUUAAAUCUUUACCCUCUCACCUUAAACCUAUACCUUCUAGCUUUGGUCUCCCCUACCCUAUGGAAAAGACCUUGACUAUUCACCCUAUCAAUGCCCCUCAUGAUUUUCUAAACCCUUCAAGCCUCUGAGGUUCCAGGGAAAAUAACCCCAGUCUACUCAGCGUCUCCCUAUAAGUCAAACCCUGAAACACGAGCAACAUCCUUGUAAAUCUUUCCUGAACCCUGGAGAAACUGUGAUUGUUCUCUUUAGAACCAGUUUGGUCAAGAUGGACAAAACCGUAGCUCUUUAGAUUCAAGGGAAAACAGUUCCCAUUGGCAGAAGGAUCAGUAAUGAAUGGGGUACAAUUUUUAACCAAGAGUUGUGUGUUCUGGACCGUUCUACUUGAAAAAUUGUGGAUCCAUUUAAAUAAUAACUUUCUAAAGGAAAUUGCAUGAAUACAUGAUGUUACGAUUACAAUCCCCAGCUGGUUUGUAGAAGAAUGGUGUGUGCUGCAGUAGCAGUCUCAGGCCAGGUGAUAGUGAUGUUGUUCCAAUAAAAAUAAUGGACAAUUUACAGCCGCAUUCAGAAAGGGCAUGUUUGAUCAGAGGAGAAGGAUUCCAGCACCUGUCACAAGCACGUGACAGCUAGUCUUGUCUCUGUUGUAAUAUAGAAAGACAAGUGAAUUGACCCUCCCUCUGUGCCUCUGUGAUGUUGGUUGAGGGGUAGAUAUCAGCCAGAGCAUCAGGAAUAACUUCAAAACCUUCAUUUAAUGUCUUACCUGAAAGACAGCACCCCUGAGAGAUCAGUACUCGCUCCAUAUUGUGUUAAUGUCAAAUGAUCUAAACCACCUGCCCCUGCAAUUGGUGCAAAUCUGACAAUUGACACCACACCCACCCUGAGGUACUGAGGCCAGCUGUAAAGCUGAGACUGGAGAUUUAACCAAGUCCACAUCAGGAUGGACAGAACCCAAUCACCUCAUUAGCUACAACAUUACAAAGACCGAAAAAGUAGAUUCUGGAUUCAGCUGUGACAGAAACUUUGGUUUUGAAAGCAUGAACAGAACCAUUAAAAUGAUAAAAUUUGACAACUUUGUCAUCGGUGAAUUCUCCAGGCAAAGGCAAUCUAUAUAUUGUCUGGUGUAAUUAUAAUAACGGCUGGAAUACUGUAUAAAUCUGUGAUUGUAGUGUUUGCAGUUAAAUAAAAUAAAUUGCCUUCACAGAAUAAGGGAAUUUGCUUUAAGUUCAUUUGACAAUCACAUUACUUGAGAUAUAGAAAGUUACUGUGGCAUUCAGGAAUUAGAGGACAUGGAACUUGAAUCAAAACAAGCAACCACUCCUACAAAAAUUGCAGAGCCACCUCACAAAGUGAAUAGCUUUGCUUGCUUCUGUGCAAUUCCAGGUUCACUGCACAUUCCAAGGAUGUAUUUUCCAAACUCCCUCACUAGUUUUUAAUUAUGACAUGACAUUGAAUAUUUAUCCUGGGAUUUGGUGAUAUUUGUCUCUGGAUCAUGUGCUAGACUUUAGGCAAUUCCCAAAAAGUCGAUGAUAUAAUCUCUGACCCUGCAGCUGCAUAAAUAGUAACACAUGUACGCUGGUCAUAUGGAGAGACUGCCCUUUAUAAAAUAGCAGCUGAAGGUUCUAAGACUUCUUAUAGCAUAUGAGGGGAACUAAAACUCAUCAAUCAUUGAUAGCAUUUUAUAAUAUGAAAUAACGAAACCCAGUAGAUGGAAACACACAGGUUUUGCUUAAGACCAGGUUGAGAAACUGAGAAACAUUACAGCACCCACGAUGACAGAAAGGUGAAUUAUUCAUUGGAUGUUUCAAUUAUAAAUUGGUGCAAAAAUUUACAAGAACAUAAAAAGUGUGAUAAAAAUGUCAAUGGGAACUGCUUUUUUUCUAGCCCGUAUAUGCAAAUACAAGAUUUGUAAGAUUGUUUGUUUCUUUCACUUCAAAUUAUAAGAAAAUAAUGCUCCUAGAGCAGAGAAUUAUACUAAGA